CUGUAUACAUAGAUUUACAGUUAUACACGCCGGAGUAUUUUCAAACGGGGAAUAAAAUAAGGAGUGGAUAAACCUCCACAUUAAACAACCACUCGAGUUUACAGCAUAUUGUGCAACAAACCAUGCACACAGUUGCACACAGUAAACAUGUUUGGGAAAGGGGAGAGAGAAACAAACAACUCAGCUGAAAUUACUCAUCUCUCGCUGCUGCUGCUGGCUAUAAGAUAAAACCCAAUCAACCAUUUUUCUAUGCAUUAAUAUUUCACCUUCAAGCCUCACAAUCACAUGGCUUCUUCUUGAUUUCCUUUUCCACACACACUUAUUCUAUAUAAUCAUGCUUUGUUUAUAGUUUUUUGUUUUUUCUUUAUUUGCAUCAGCACAUGCACUCCUCUCACCGUUUCCUCUCUCUCUCUGCAUUUUCUAUGCGCUCAAAACUUUGGCUUAUAUUAAUAUUUUCCCCCUCUGACUGAGCUCUUCGAAGAGAUUCUUUCAGAUCUACAGUGAAAAGUUUGAAGGCCGCGAACCAGCUGAGCGCCUCUUGUUAUUCCUCAAUUCAUCAUAAAGAAUCUCAAUCAACACAGACUUCACUCUGAUCCAUAACAUUUAGGACAUCAAAAUGUUGCGUUAGGGGCCUAACUUGGGCACUGAUGCCUUUGCCUAGCUUGGUUUGGAAAUUUUUGCAACCUUAAAUUUUUAGAAGAAAUCAUGGGUUGUGCGAUUGAGACUGAUGAGUCAGACGAGAUGGACAUUGUCCUGUCUUCGAUGUGGCCGGAGGACAUGAAUGAAGCCGGUAGACAGUUCAAUGUGGAGAGGCCAGGAGUGGACAAAGACAUGCUGGAUGAGGUGACCAUCAAGAGGGAGCCCGACAUAGUUGAUUUAAAGCGUCUCAUUGAGCUCGCCAACUACACUGACAAGGGGAACUGGCAGCUGGCUAACUUGGUGAAGAAUUGGGAAUACAAGCAGGAGAAUGCUGUGCGCCUCCUCAGGGAGGAGCUCGACACCCUCAGUAAGCAGCAGCGAGAAGUCGAGCUCAAGAAGUUGGAGAUAUUGGAAGAACACCGGUUUGAAAGAGAUGGAUAUGGUGGCGAAAGGCGUCCAAUUUCCAUUCUUCAUGAGAAUCUCAAGUACUUGUAUCAAGAUGCUCCGAGGAGGAAGCGUGAUGUUGUCUUCCAAGAUGAGAAAAUAAGUGUAGAUGCUGAAUAUGACAGUGUGGUGUACUGGAAGCAACGGGCCAUGAAUCUAGAGAAACUCCUAGAGGCUAGUCUUAGACGAGAGCAAGUGUUGAUGGGGAAACUGCAGGAGAGUAUUGAGAAUCUUGAAAAGCAGUCUACCCCUGUGGAGGAACUGUCACAGGUUUUGAAUAGAGCAGAUAAUUUCUUGCAUUUCGUCUUGCAAAAUGCUCCAGUUGUCAUAGGCCAUCAGGAUAAAGAAAUGCGCUACCGGUUCAUCUUUAACCAUUUCCCUAGUUUGCGCGAGGAGGAUAUCAUCGGCAAAACAGAUGUCGAGAUCUUCACUGGUUCUGGUGUAAAGGAAUCUCAAGACUUCAAACAAGAAGUGCUGGAAAGAGGAUUACCUGCAAAGAGAGAAAUCACAUUUGAAACGGAGCUGUUUGGAUCAAAAACCUUCUUAAUCUAUGUUGAACCAGUUUUCAGCAAGGCUGGAGAGACAAUUGGUGUAAAUUAUAUGGGAAUGGAAGUCACUGAUCAGGUGCGGAAAAGAGAAAAAAUGGCGAAGCUUAGAGAAGAGAUGGCUGUACAAAAAGCUAAGGAGACGGAGCUCAUCAAGACCAUCCAUAUCACAGAGGAAUCAAUGCGUGCAAAAGAAAUGCUGGCUACCAUGUCUCACGAGAUAAGAAGUCCUCUAUCCGGUGUCGUAAGCAUGGCUGAGAUUCUUUCCAAAACUAAGCUCGACAAAGAGCAGCGACAGCAGGUGAACGUAAUGAUGUCUUCUGGUGAUAUGGUUCUUCGAAUAAUAAAUGACAUCCUCGAUCUUUCUAAGGUUGAGUCAGGAGUUAUGAAAUUGGAAGCUACGAAAUUUAGGCCAAGAGAGGUAGUAAAACAUGUGCUGCAGACUGCAGCUGCAUCACUACAGAAAAUACUAACCUUAGAAGGAAAUGUAGCAGAUGAUGUUCCUGUAGAGGUGAUCGGAGAUGUUCUAAGGAUUCGGCAGAUUCUAACGAACUUGAUCAGCAAUGCCAUCAAGUUCACUCACGGGGGCAAGGUUGGGAUAAAGCUUUAUGUGGUGCCAGAGCCGCGCAAUUUAAGCAAACAAAAUUCUUGGAAAGUUUCUGCAGAUCAAUCUGCUGAUUCAACAAACACAAGAAAAGACUCAUCUAUGAUUCGAAGCACAGGUGACCACAAAGGCAAUCAUGGAUGUCACGAAGGAGAAGGCACUGGUGAUAACCAUGAACUUAACAGUACGCUAAAUGAUCCAGAGAGAGACAGGACUCCAAUGGAAGAAGACGAAGCCAACCCCCAAGAACAAGUAGUGUGGAUUCGCUGUGAUGUUUAUGACACAGGGAUUGGAAUACCAGAACAUGUGAUUCCCACUCUGUUCAAGAAAUACAUGCAAGCAGGUGCAGACACUGCUAGAAAGUAUGGUGGGACAGGAUUAGGACUUGCAAUCUGUAAACAAUUGGUUGAGCUCAUGGGUGGUCAACUUACUGUAUCAAGUGUAGAACGCAAAGGAUCUACUUUCACGUUUAUACUACCGUAUAAAGUUUCAUUGAUCUCUGACAGUUCAGACGAUCCUGAUGAGCUGUCAGAUAUGGAUGGCCAAGAGGGGUCAGAUGAUGGAAAUGAUGAAGAUUUACAUGAAGGGAUUUUUCUGUUUCAACCGCGCGCUAUGGGUUCUUUAUUUUCUUCUCAAAGUUCUGGAAGGAUCCAAAAGCUCUUGCCAACCACUUAUGGCUUCGAUCCCUCGCAGGAUUUCAAUGGUUUGUUGGAGGAUUCCUCGUCGCCCUCAAGUAGCAUUACAUGUAAAGAGAUCAGUUCAGAGGAAGACGCGCAUUCAGCUGCCAUGGAUACAUCAUCUGAAGUUGAAGUUUCACCAAGCCAGAGCUUGUGUUCGGCUAACUUAGAUCCAGUUGAAAAGAAUGAACACACACACUGCUCGAGUGGAGUGUCCGAGCCUAGCAUUUCCCAAGAAAGAUGUCUUACUCAGUCUCAAACAGAGGGAAGUUCUGAGCGCUCUUCCAGCAAGAGCACUGAAGCUCCAAAAGCUGAGCUGAAACCUAAGAUUCUUCUUGUGGAAGAUAACAAGAUCAAUGUGAUCGUGGCAAAGUCGAUGAUGAAGCAGUUGGGACACAACAUAGAUGUUGUUAACAACGGAGCAGAAGCUGUGCGUGCAGUUCAAUGCAAACAUUAUGAUCUCAUUCUAAUGGACGUAUGCAUGCCGGUGAUGGGUGGACUUGAAGCUACAAGAUUGAUACGAUCAUUUGAGGAAACAGGUAGUUGGGAUGAUGCAGUGAAGGCAGGAGUUGAGCUGCAGUUGCCACCUCAACAUUCUUCACCAAAUUUGCAACAAGAAAUACCAAGAAAGAGGACACCGAUCAUUGCAAUGACAGCAAAUGCAUUAUCAGAGAGUGCUGAUGAUUGUUUUGCUAAUGGUAUGGAUUCAUUUGUAUCAAAGCCAGUUAAUUUCCAGAACUUAAAACAAUGCUUGCAGCAAUAUGUACCACAGUAGCAAUAGUAGUAGUAGUACUUGUAAAUGGUAAGCAGCAUGUAUAGAAAAGAAAUGAGUUAGGGAAGUUUUGACAUCAUCAAUGUAUAGCAUCCGCGUUUUUUCUAGUCAAUCAGUCUCUGUAGAUCACCAUCUUUUUCCUAUUAUGAAGUGAAUAUGUGAGAGAGUACACAUUGAUGUUGUUGAAUGAAAAAUGAGUACAUUAUCUGCAA